UCAUUCAGGUCCGAACCCCGUCCCAAACAUAUACAGCAGCGGCGUUGGCUUCCGUCUACAGGCAUAGCCGCUGCAAUCUAGAAAGUAAACAUGACCAGCAGGUUCUUCCUUGUCUGCCUACUCAGUAGUACUCUCCUCUCCCCCACCACCGGAGCUGACAUCUUAUCUCCCGACCAGUCACUCACCGAUGACGGCCAAACCCUGAUCUCCACCGGCGGGACCUUCCAGUUGGGUUUCUUCGGCUCCGAUAAACGCUACGUCGGGAUAUGGUACUCUAAAGUCUCAGUCCGAACCGUCGUAUGGGUCGCGAACCGCCGGCAACCGAUCACCGGCACUUCCGGGAGCCUGUCGAUUAAAACAAACGGAACACUCGUCAUCACCGACGAGAACGCCACCGUAGUCUGGUACUCGAGCUCCCGGGCUCUUGCAAACCCGGUGGCGCAGCUCCUCGAUAACGGGAAUUUCGUCGUCAGGGAGUCCGGCAGCAACAGCAAUGAUCCCAACAGCUUUGCAUGGCAGAGCUUCGAUUUCCCGACCGACACGCUCCUGCCGGGCAUGAAGCUUGGGUGGAACCUCACGAGCGGGCUCAACCGCAACCUCACGGCUUGGACCAGCGACAGCGAUCCGGCGCCCAGCGAGUACACCAUGGCCGUGGACGUGCGUGGCUACCCGGAGAUAUUCCUAUGGUCCCGGUCAACCAGAACGUGGCGCACGGGGCCGUGGAACGGGCUCCGGUUCAGCGGCAUCCCUGAAAUGAAGACAUACGACAAGUUAUCCUUCGAUUUCGUGGUCAACCGGGAUGAGGUCUUCUACUCAUUCUAUGUGCAUGACGCUGCCUUCAUCACCAGGUUGAUCGUGAACCAGUCGGGCAUCACGCAGCGGUUGGUUUGGAUCGAGCAGAGCAAGAUCUGGAACGCCUUCUGGUUCGCGCCCAAGGACCAGUGCGACAAGGUGUCGCAGUGCGGCCCCAACGGCGUCUGUGACCCCAACGAGUCGCCGAUAUGCGGCUGUCUCAAUGGCUUUCGGCCCAAAAAUCCCUCGAACUGGGCUCUCAGGGAUGCGUCGGAUGGGUGCCGGCGGAAAACAGAGCUGGACUGCCGGAAUGGGACCGAUGGGUUCGUCAUGGUGAGCGGCGUCAAGUUACCGGACACAUCGAGUUCGGUAGCGAACAUGAGCCUGAGCCUGAGCCUGGAGCAAUGCAGGACUAUGUGCUUGACGAAUUGCUCGUGCACAGCAUAUGCCGCUGCCAAUAUCAGUGUGAGUGGGACGGGGAGCGGCUGCAUCAUGUGGACAACCGAACUCACCGAUCUUAGAGUGUACACCAAUGGUGGACAGGAUCUGUACCUGAGGUUAGCGGCCGCCGAUCUAGGCUCGGAAUCAAACCCAUCUCAUCAGCGUCAUAUAGUCGUGAUCAUUGUGGUCCUUGCUGUGAUGAUCACACUCCUGGCUAGCACUGCGUUUUGUAUUCGGAGGAGGAAGAAAAGGAGAAGCACAGGCAUGUCGGGUAACAUUUCCUUCUCAGAACGAUAUAUUAACGAAGGGAGGGAGGGGAAGGACAUCGACCUGCCCUUGUUUGACUUAGGCACCAUUAUUGAUGCCACCAACAAUUUCUCAGUACAUAGCAAGCUCGGGGAGGGCGGCUUUGGUCCGGUGUACAAGGGUAAUCUGGGAGAGGAACAAGAAAUAGCUGUGAAGAGGCUAUCAAAGACGUCAGUGCAGGGCCUGGAUGAGUUCAAGAAUGAGGUAAUGCUGAUCGCCAAGCUACAACAUCGAAACCUUGUUCGGCUUCUUGGUUGCUGCAUUCAAGACGAAGAAAGAAUGUUGAUCUACGAGUACAUGCCCAAUAGAAGCUUGGACGCCAUCCUAUUUGAUAAAGCAAAAGUGGGAUUGUUGGAUUGGCGAACACGGUACAACAUCAUAGUCGGGAUUGCUCGCGGCCUUCUAUACCUCCAUCAAGAUUCUAGAUUCAGAAUCAUCCACAGGGAUAUGAAAGCUGGUAACAUUCUUCUCGACAAGGAUAUGUGUCCUAAGAUAUCGGACUUUGGCAUGGCAAGGAUCUUUGGAGGAGAUGAAACAGAAGCAAACACGAGGAGAGUUGUUGGCACAUACGGCUACAUGUCUCCCGAGUAUGCCAUGGAUGGAAUCUUCUCAGUGAAGUCUGAUGUAUUUAGUUUCGGGGUAUUGGUGCUCGAAAUCGUAAGCGGCAAAAGGAACAGAGGGGUUUAUCACUCUGCACCUCAACUGAAUCUUUUAGGAUACGCAUGGAGUCUAUGGAAAGAAGGUAGAACCUCGGAACUAGUUGAUGAAUCCAUGGGUGACUCCUUUCCCAUGGCUGAAGCCUUGAGGUGUAUAAAAGUUGGUCUGCUAUGUGUGCAAGACCGGCCUGAACACAGACCAACAAUGGCAUCCGCAGUGUUAAUGUUGGGCAGUGACGGUGCUCUCUUGCCACAACCGACACAACCGGGUUUUGUGGCAACAAAAGGCCCGCUUGAGUCAGAUUCGUCGGCGAGUAAGCAAGACUCGGUAUCUGUAAAUGACAUAUCGAUCACGAUGGUGGAAGGUCGAUAGUGAAUGAAGUAGAAGGAGGGCAUCAUCAAUUUGCAAAUGCGAAUGUUGUGUGAAGAUCUUUUGUACGAGUGUUGUACGCAUGAAACGACAAGAUCUAUCUACCGUGUGGGAGUGAGGUGCACAAGCCUUCUUUGUAAGCCUUCUUCGUGCUUACUAUUGUUUUAUUUGUUUC